UUUUGCGCUAAACUCCACACGAUAUCACGACACAAGUUUCCCAAAAUCUCAUUCUGCUGACCUUUUGCUGUAAGUUAUCAAAAAAGUGCCUUCGUGGCCAUCCCUCGGGGCUCACAUUUAUCAGUGCAAUAACUUCCAUGAAAACAUACAGUGACAUCCAAUGUUAUUUCAUUGCUGUAUCCAAAAGGCCCCGAAUAGGAAUACCAUGAAAUAUUCUCGUUUACUAGUCCUUUACUGCGUUAUGGACGCGUAAACUUUUACGGGGAACCCUAACACUAUUUGUACAGUUUCUUUAAAGUAUCUUCAAAGGCUUCUCCGAAUUAUUUAAUACGAAGCAUUCUCAAGAAUAUAAUAUGUAUUUAAAAAAUACAAAACCCGUAUUCUAAAUUUAAUUGAUGUACAACUAAAAUUGAACCAAAUCUUCUCUCUAAUUUCUCAAAGUCGCAUACCAAGGAUAUUAUUAUUCAGGUGAACCAGCAAGUCAGAUCCUUUGUCAGGGUCGCGUCCGUUUUAAUUAUUUACGACUUUAUAUGAACGUGUCAGUUAAUGACACGUUAACGUUAAAUAGAAUCCGUAAUAGAGACGAGCCCAGCUGUAUCCACAAUGUUGCGGAAUAAUGUCCCGCGCGAGACAGGCGUCCGAUUAAAAAUGCAGAACUUCAAAACGAGAUGGAUUCGGCUCCGAGACCACCGGCGUCGCUCGCGCAUACAGAUCCCAGUUUUGUUGUGACGACGGAACGGCAUACUCGUUCCCCCAAACACAGUUAAGUCUUAAAUCCUGUGAAUGGUUAAAGUCAGUGCUUAAAACAGGUAAUUCGAACAAAAGUCAACGGAAAAAAAGUGAUGAUGUACCAAAAAUAACUUACAUAAAAUUCAAAGACAGUCCACAAGAUCGAUCGGCGAACCGCAAGUACUAGACAUUCAUAAAUACGACGAGCGUGAAAGAGAGAAGCUGCAAUGUCGGUAUUUUAUUUACGUAGAAACUAAACGAUAUCCGUCCCGUUGCUAUUUUCGCAGUAUAUCGUUUAUUAUGAGGGCCGUCGGCGGCGCGGCGCGGCUGAGGGCGGGCGACGGCCGAGAGUCACGCGGGCCACUCCACCGCCUGAUAUUAUAUUCUGGAGCACGUCGGCCGUUCCCUCAACUUCCCUCACCUCGCUUCGCGCCAGAUAUUUCGAGUGCUGCUUCCACCACCUAUGCCUUUACCUAGUCUCAGUCACAGAGAACGCUCGAUGCAACCGCCCGCAUCGUUUUAAUAUAUAAAGUUAUCUCAUUUAAUUUUUAUUAAUUUCAAGUAUAAAAGUGUUUUCAAAUAUAUAUUUUAUUUAUUAUAUUUCUACUUUACUUGAUGAUAAUCUACAUAAAACAGAACCACAGCAAGUCCGUUAAACCAGGAAGAGGACACGAAACAUGAGCGUAGCGGAUACCAGUAAUAAUGCUAUCCGAGGAUGGGGUAGUACGCCAACAGGAAAUGCUCCUACUGUAAACGUGGGCAAUGAAAAUCGAACAAACCACAAAUGCCUCCCGGCAAUAUUCUUUAGAGGCUGGAGAAGGAACCUUCUUUAUGGAAUACUAAUAUUCCUCAUGAUUUUAGUAUUUCUAAACAUUGCAUUAACUUUGUGGAUCAUAAGCGCAUUGAAACUUAAUAUGAAUGGCAUCGGUCCCAUAAAAAUUAUGAACGGCGGGAUUCAGCUCCAAGGUCAAACGUGGGUUGUGAACAAUUUAGUUGCGUCGACAAUAUCAACACAACCCGCUCAUCCUAUCACGCUACACUCUCACCGCAACUUCACCGUACUCGUAUCCGACCCUAAACAUUCAGAACAUUCCAAGUUGUUAAUUAAGCGGGACAACAUUGAAUUUAGUGGUAAAAUGUUUCACGUGCGUGAUUCUCGCGGAGGUGACGUCUUUCGUGCUUCUAAAGAAGAAGUAAGAGUGUAUGCUGACACAUUUGCAGUGGACGGCAUCGGUGGUUUAGUAGUAAAAACUGCACUUCAGGUGCCUCUUGUACGGGCCCCUCCUGGAUCUGACUUACAAUUGGAAUCUUUGACGAGGGGGUUAGAUUUGAGAGCGCCUCAGUCGAUUUACUUCGAAAGCAGAGCCGGGAAAAUUGAUGUAACCUCGCACACUGAUCUGAAACUCAACUCUAUAGUAGGCGCUAUCAAAAUUGAUGCCCCAAAUAUUGUGAUUACGAAUUUGAAAGAAGCACAUGUAACAGAAAAACCGCAAAGAGGUAUAAGAAGUAUGAAAGUUUAUCAAUUGUGCGCAUGCGCAACUGGAAAACUAUUCUUAGCAGCACCGGAUGCGGUAUGCGCUGCGAAUGCUGACGACACCGAAUUGUGCCGAUGAUAAACAUAGAACUGUGAUAAAACACAACAAAAUCUAGUCAAUUUAGUAAAUAAACCCAUCUUAAAAGAUUAACUGAAAUUAUCGUUAACCAAAGCAUGGAUUACGUAGUCUUGAAUAGAUCGUAAUGCACGCCCAUAAAAUUAUAAGUGACCUUGAAAUUGUUAUCUAUAAAUAAUAAAUAAGAAAUAACUGUACGUACUGAACUUUAAGUCAAUAAAACUCGUUUGAAGCA